CUUUACUUACAGAUCCAACCCGCCAACAUGUCAGAGACGAAACAGCAAUUGACGCCCUGGCAUACUGCCCCAUUGCCGCUUGGCCAGAUCAAACCACAUGGCUGGCUUGCCAAAGAGCUUCGGGUGUUUGCAGAUGGUCUCGCAGGCAAUCUAUACGACUUCUGGCCAUACGUCAACGACUCGAAAUGGCUUCAUCCUCGUGGGUCAGGCAAAGGGACAGACUAUAGCGCAUUGAAUGAGCCUCUACCGUAUUGGUUCAAUGGCCUCGUCCCGCUGGCGUACCUCCUAGAUGACGACCGGUUGAAAUCGCAAGUUCACGCGGUGGCCGAGACGGUGCUCGCUUAUCAAGCGGAAGACGGAUGGCUUGGACCCGAACUGGAGGAUCGCAAUUUCUGGGGUCGAACGCCAUUGACCUUAGGUUUGAUCCAACUUGCCGAGGCGGACCCGUACUGGUGCAAGCCUGUCGUGGAUGCACUCAGACGAUACUACAGGCUCAUGAAUGCCAUGUUGAAGGACGGCGGAAAAGGCUUUUUGGAUGGUUCCCAACCGCAGUGGGGCCAGCUCAGAGUAUAUGAUACGAUCCUCGGAAUACAGUGGCUCUUGGAGCAUCAACCUAGUGGAGACGACGACAUGUUGUGGGAGACGAUGUGGCUUCUUGAACAUCUCAAUCCAUUGAAAUGGGAGGACUGGUACAAAGCGAAGGGUUAUCCGAGAUCCCUGGACGACCCAGAAAAGGAACUCCCACACGAUGUCAUGUCUCUGCACGGAGUAAAUGUCGGUCAAGGAUUGAAGGCGCCAGCCGUUUCAUACCGAAAUCGAGCUAAUCCAUCUCGGAUCGCCGACAUAGCCCAGGCUGUGACCCUCGCAUUCGGUUACCAUGGCGCUCCAUCCGGUACGAUGCUAGCAGAUGAAUUUCAGCGCAAUCUCGCCCCCUGGAUGGGCUCAGAACUCUGCAUGCACAUCGAGACCGCCUACAGCAUGUCGUACGCGUACCAUACGUUAGGCAUCAACGACUACGCGGAUCGAGCCGAGUUGGCGACCUAUAACGCUCUUCCCGCUGCAUUCACAGAUGAAUACUUUGCCCAUCAAUACAUGACACAGCCGAAUCAACCUUGGGCGAAAGUCAACAAGGCAGACUAUGAAGACGGGAAGAAGAAGUUGUUCACUACCGCUCAUAGUGGUGUGGCCACUGUCUUUGGUCUGGAACCACAGUAUCCGUGCUGUACGUCUAAUCUGCCUCAAGGUUGGCCAAAGUUUAUCACUUCAACGUGGGGCAAAAUCGGCGAAAAGGGUCUGGCACACGUCUUGUUGGGUCCGACAGAAAUCUUGACCAAGAUCCUAAGCAAGACCGUGAAAGUCGUCUGCGAUACGUCUUACCCGUUCAGCGGCAAGUUGCGAUACCAGAUUACAGCAGAUACAGAUUUUGAUCUGUUCAUCCGGAUCCCAGGGUGGACUGUGCUGAACAAGAGCACUCUGUCGAUCAAGGACACGGCUCUCGGUCUCGCGCCCGACGCUUCUGGCCUCCAGAAAAUCUCCAUUCCUCGAGGAUCUACCGUUGUUCAGCUUCAACUCGUCGCAGAGAUCCGAGUUGUAGAAAGGACUCACGGCGUCUCCAUUUACUACGGCCCCUUGUUGUACGCUUUAGAGAUCAAGACUUCUCUCGAAACUACUCUUCCUCACCGAUACGAUGACCCUCAAGGUCCGGGACAGAGCCAAAUCGGUCAUCCACGGAUAAAGGAUCAUUUCCUCACGAAUGCGACGCCAUGGAACAUUGCCAUCGACCCAAAAACUAUCGAAUUCCAUGACACGUACGAUCUUCAAUCGCCAGUGUUUGAACAGGGGUCCAAGACGACAUACAUGAACGUCAAAGGCUGCGAGAUCGAAUGGCCAUUGUACCUUGAUUGUACGCCAGACGUACCGCCAAAAGACCCAAAACGUAUUGGUCGAGUCAAAGAGUAUCGCCUGAUUCCGUACGGCUCUGCAAAGUUGCACAUGAGCGAAUUCCCGCGUAUCAGUGUUGAGUAGAAUCACGCCUCUGUAUUAUCUGAGAUAUAUGCAUACAGUCACAAGAGGGGAG